UUUCAAUCAGCGACUGACGAGUCCCAAGCCCUUCGAAACGUGUCAGACUAGAGCGAAUAUUAAACAGGGACGGAAAUUAAAAUGUUCUGAGAAAUCCAAGCGCCUCUCAAUCACCCAUAUAUUCCAUACACGUUGCUUUCUCCCUUACCAUUUUCUCCGAAUUCGCACCUACGAUCACUCCUAUUUGCUCCCGGAUUUCUAUUCAUCUUUCCACAAAUCCCGCUGUCCUCACAAGUGGAGAGUCCACUCUCUCCAAUGAAGUUCUCCAUGGAGAACUCCGCUUUAUCUUUGCUUGAGAUUGAGAAAAACAUCUAGGUUGAUUGCAUUGAUGGCCACCAAACAAUUUUUUAUCCUCAAAAGCCAUCUCGGUUUUGAUAAAAGCCUUUUCUAUCAGUUUGUGUGCAGAACCAUGUUCAGCUUCGCUGGUUCUUUCUGGGUUUUGGUCUGCACUUGCACGUGUUGUGUUUUUGGAUCCAUAAUCAGAUAUUUGUUCAGAUUUCGAGUUGAGGACAGUUCGAGAAAGAUGGAUUUGCUCCGAGAAAGGCAGAUUGGUUCGGAUUGCUUUGAGAAUUCGGAAGCUGAUGAGAACAACGGAGAAAGAGAGGGUCCUGUUAUUACGGAAACUGCGUCCACUGCCAAUACGAGUAAGUAUCAGUUCAUAUGUGGGAAAGAUUUCAGGGGCUUCAUUGAAGAACCACAGACUAUGAGCUUUACUGUCCAAGAAUUUUAUGCGGCCUCAAAUGAUGGCUCUAUCAGCAAUAGCCCAGAUCCUAAUACUGAAAAAGAUAUUCGGAAGGUUGAUUUGGAAGUGGAGGAUGUUAAUCAUGUAAAAGGAGAAGAUUCUGCUGAAAAUUUUGGUUGUGAGCUUAAUUUAGAGGCAGAGGAUAUAGAUCAUGCAAAAGCAGAGGAUUCUGCUGAGUGUUUUGGCGGUGGAAUUAAUUUAGAAGCAGAGGAUGUCGAUCAUUCAAAAGCAGAGGAUUCUGCUGAGUGUUUUGGCGGUGGAAUUCAUUUAGAAGCAGAGAAUGUCGAUCAUUCAAAAGCAGAGGAUUCUGCUGAGUGUUUUGGCGGUGGAAUUCAUUUAGAAGCAGAGAAUGUCGAUCAUUCAAAAGCAGAGGAUUCUGCUGAGUGUUUUGGCGGUGGAAUUGAUUUAGAAGCAGAGGAUGUCGAUCAUUCAAAAGCAGAGGACUCUACUGAAUGUAUUGGUACUCAGCUCAAUCUAGAAGAAGACGAUGUUGAUCAUGCAAAAACAGAGGACUCUGCUGGAAGCUUUAGAGAUGAAGAGGCUUUAGAGGAACAAGAACAAGAAGUAUUUACACAAGAUGAACUUUCCGAGAGGGGAUGGACUGGUGGCUCAGAAAAUACUUUUCUGGGUAAUUGUCAUUCCUCCAAUGAGGUUUCUGAAAAUUACCCUUUUCCUUUAGGUUCAAACCACGAUUUGGUUGAUUCAGGUGAUGGGUUCAUAAUUCUGGACGAUGUGUUUAAUUCAGUUAAUGAUGACCCUUUGUUGGUUGGAGAUGUCGGUGAAUGGCUGGAGAAAUCAACGCUUUUACCAAUUGUCACGGAGAAGGCAGGAGUUGUUGAUAACGAUCCAAGUAUGGAAGAAAAUCCUUCACAUGAUACAAAUUUUUUGGAUCAGGAAGCAGAUGUCAAAGAUAUUGAAGAUGAAUACUUAGAACUAGAAUCUCAAUUGCAAAGCUCCAAUGACAAAGAACUUUUCUCUGAGAACGAUUCCAGAAAAGUCGAGGACAGAUAUGAAGAGGACAUAGACUUGGAAGGGACAAAUAAAGUGAAUAGUUUAGAAAAAUCAGACGAACCCUCCUUGCAGAAGAGUCCAUCUUCCUCAGAUUCUGACGAUGAUAGCCUAUGGGAGAACUUGUGGGAGCAUGGAAAUUUGAUAGAACAGCUGAAAUUGGAAUUGAAAAAUGUGAGAACCAGGGGGCUUCCCACUAUAUUAGAAGAAUCCGAGUCUCCCAAGAUUGUUGAUGAUCUAAAGCCAUUGAAGAUUGAAGAAAAAUUGGAGCACAAAGAUCGAAUGGAAGGGAUUCAGAAAUUCUACCAGCGGUAUGCAGAUAAAAUGCGAAAACUGGAUAUCCUGAAUUACCAAACUGUGCAUGCAAUCAGUUUCCUCCAGUUGAAGGACCCAGUCCAAUUAAAUUCAAACAAAACACCUUCAGCUUCAGCACUUAAAUCUCUGCUCUCACAGAAGACAGCAAAGCUGAGAAGGCUCCAAGAUGGCCCAACCCUGAAUUUGAUUAGAGAAUUGAAAAAUGAUUUGGAAAUGAUAUAUGUGGGACAGCUGUGCCUUUCCUGGGAAAUGCUCCAGUGGCAAUAUGGGAAAGCCCUAGAGCUGCAGGAAUAUGAUCCUGAUGGUUUUCGCCAAUACAGUGAAGUUACCAGUGAAUUUCAACAGUUUCAAGUACUUGUGCAAAGAUUUAUAGAAAAUGAGCCAUUUCAAGGACCCAGGGUACAGUGCUACGUUAAGAACAGAUACCUUAUCCAUAAGCUUCUUCAAGUUCCAGCAAUUAAAGAUGAUUGCAUCAAGGAUAAGAAGGAAAUGAUAGAGACAGGGCAAGAUGCAAUUACAAUUGCAAUGCUAACAGAAGCCAUUGAGAAAUCUAUGCACGUUUUCUGGGAUUUUCUUCAUGCCGACAAACACGUAAAGGGUCUUCAAGGAAACCAGGUUGAUCUCCAAAGUCCUGCAGAUGUAGAGCUCCUGAUGGAUAUUCAAACGGGUCUUCAUAAGAAGGAGAAAAAGCUGAAAGAGCUUUUGAGAAGCAAAAAUUGCAUAGUGAAGAGGCUUCAAAAGCAUAGAGAAGAUAGAUUAGACCGCUCGCUCUUCUUUGCUAAGGUUGAGUUGAGACUGAUUUCGAGAGCGCUUAACAUGUCGAGAUUGACAACAGAUCAACUAGCAUGGUGCCAAAAGAAACUAAGCCAAAUCAACAUUGUUAACCGAAAAAUUCAUGUAGAACCCUCAUUUAUGCUCUUCCCGUGAUACAAAUAUGAGAGCUGCCACUGUUUCGCCGUCUUCUAGCUGUAGAUCCAUGUCCAUAAAAGAAUAGGAAAGAGAAAUAAAAAGGAGCAUUAUACUGGAUUCACUUUUUAUUUUAUUUUUAAAUAAUCCAUUUCCACCCUAUUUUCUUGCUCAUUCUCGUAGUUGGCGUUUGAAUUGGGCUGUAAAUAGAAUUUACCGAUAUAAAGUGGUGGUUUGGUAAUUGGGGUUC